AUGAGAUGCAUGCGAGCGUGGUGGUUGGGCAUUAGGUUCAAGGUCUAUGUUACGUGGAAGCGGCGAAGAGAGGAACCAGAGAUGCAGCACAAUACUUGGGCUUUCUAUACUGAUCGCCAUUUCCGCCACGGAAAGAAUUCAUACGUCAAGCUUGCCAUGGCACCUUGUUAUGAACCUUAUGUGAAGUAUCACAUGCGAACCGACCUAGGACGCCCUUACUAUCCCGGCUUUAUUGGUUUCUACGAGGGAAGCAAGAAGGCUGCUAGGGCGCGAUCCCGUGGUUCCUACAACGCCUCGCAAGACUACCAAAUGGAUUCACCGCUCGCAAACUCUGAGACCCAAUACUGGGACAAGACAUGGGGCGAAAUGACGCACGAGGAAAAAGUACUAUUUCUUCGGAAACGCCUGAUCACGCCCUUCUCGCAAGAGACCCUCGAAAUGCUGGCUCUGCUCGUGAGCCUCAAGACCAUCGACGUCUUCAUUGAGAAGUUCGGCAGCAAUCCCCCCCCUGGCCUCUGCAUUUUACCUCCAAACGACGAUGACUGGGGAAACUGGUGGUCGUCUCGGUUCCCAGACGCGGAACACCAAAAUCCCAAUGUCAAGUUCCCAGCGCCGCAUGUCAGGUACACUUCAAUAUACCUGCACCAUUCGUGUAUGGCUUCUCGCGAGGCGCUCAAAAAGGCAAUAGACGAGGACCCCGAUAAAUACCGGUUCUCCAAAACAAUCAACGAGAUCGUCCAGGAGGAGGACAUCAUGCCUGCGAUUCGGUCGAUGCAGUGGCUGGCGAAUGGGUGGACGGAUCUGAGUCGCUUCGAGUUCAUUCUUGUGAUUGUGACGGCAAGAGUCGCCAUGGUAAAUAAAUUGCUUGAUCCCUUUCGAAAUGUCGAUGGCUUUGUGGGGGAAUUGGAUCGCGUGCCGAUGAAAGUGCGAAUGAACUGUUUCCCUUUCUUGCAAGGCGAGCGUUUGAUUUUUGUGUGA